GUCUCAGCGCCCUGGACAUGUCUCAGCAGCAGAGAUGGCAGAUCCAGGAGCAGCAGCUGAAGUUACAGAUCGUCCAGUUAGAGACGGCGCUGAAGGCCGACCUCGUUGAUAAAAAUGAAAUCCUGGAUAAGAUUAAAGCUGAGAGAGAUCAAAGUGAGAAACUGACAGAAGAAAACAAAAAACUUCAGAUUCAGUUUCUGGAGCAGAAACAGCAGCUCGACGAGCUCAGCGAGAGACUGAAGUUCUACAGCCGGGAGAACGAGUACGACGUGGCUGAACUCACUGAAGCUCUGCUGCUCAUUAAGACAAGGAGGUCCCAGAAGAAUGGAGACUUGCUGUUCUUGAAGGAGGUGGAGGACGGAGCAAGCAGCGUCCGCAAGCUGCGAGCUGCUCAUGCUGAAACCAUCCAGGAGCUGCAGAAGACCAGAAACAUCCUGAGCAUGGAGACCAAGAUCUGCAAAGACUACAAGGCGGAGCUGGAGGCCGGGAUGAGGAAGAUGGACGCCGACAGAGUCGAGUACGAGCAGAAGCUGGAGCGCCAGGCACAACUGUUGGACACAAGGGCGGCCAAGAUCAAGAAACUGGAAGCUCAGCUUAAAGACAUCGCCUACGGCACCAAACCCUAUGUCUUCAAACUGGACGCCACUGCUGAAGACGAGGCCAAUGAGCUCGAUGAGACUCUUUGCCUCGAGCGUGGCGAGAACCUCUUCGAGCUUCAGAUCGUCGGCGCCGCCCUGUCUUCGCCCGGCCUGGAGGUUCUGGGUGACGGUGACCCAUCCACCUUCUUCACCUACUCCUUCUAUCUGUUUGAGCUGCACUCCACGCCGGUGGUGACGGGUCACAAACCCAAGUACGGGUUUACAUCCAAGUAUGUGGUGAGCAUGGACGACCAUUUCCUGGACUACCUGCACAGAUGCUCAGUCACCGUGGAGCUGCAUCAGGCCAUUGGUCUGGACUGGAGGACUCUGGCUUCAGGUCAGCUUCCACUGCAGCAGCUGCUCGAGCAGGACGGGAAAGUUCACGGGACGAUACCGCUGAUUGGUACGUCUGAAGAGGUCCGCUCCUUCGGCUCGGUGGAUUACUGGUUGCAGUUCAGGAUCCCCAUAAGUGAGACCAUCCGUCUGUUCAAAGAGAAGGUGAAGGCCGCCGGCUACAUCCAGAAGGCUCUGAACCAGGUCGCCCAGGUACCAGCAGCGUUUAUUAAAGCGAAGUUAAUUUCUGUCAGUCUUAUUGACAUCAUACUGACCACAGUACCUCCUGAAACCUCCUUCUGUUCCUCCAUGGUUUCCUCUCAGUUGCCUGGCAGCAGCAGCCUGAACCAGCUCGACAUUGCUGUCCGACGCUGCAGAGACUUGCGGUCCAGAAGCUCCCAGCAGCCGAGCCCCUACGUGGUCUACAAGUUCUCCGACUUCCCGGACUACCCAACUGCCACCAUCCACGACUCCUGCGACCCCCACUUCAACGACCUCAAGUCCUACUCCGUCCCCAUGGAGGCAGACCUGGACCAGUACCUGAAGUCCGAGGUCCUUCAGUUCUACGUGUUUGACGACAAAGAAGAGCAGAUGGACGAGUACGUGGGGAAGGCCCGAGUGCCUCUGCUGCUGCUGGCCCAGGACCAGGAGAUCUCUGGUGUGUUCAAGCUCUCUGACCCUUCUGGACAUCCUGCUGGUCACAUUGAAGUGACGCUGAAGUGGAGGUUCACUUACUGCCCUCCGUCAGGCUCCAUCAUGACUGUAGAAGAGCCCAAACUCAUCCUGAAAGAGGAUGAGAAGAAAGAUGGAGGGACUGAUGAGAUGGUGCAGGAGGAGGAGAAGGGGAAAGAGAAGGAGGAGGAGGCCAGAGACCUUCGUCAUCUGUCCACCUCAGUUCCUGAAGCCUCUGUGUCCAAGGCUCGGCUGCCAAAGCUCAGACAUCAACCUCAGGUGAAGGUGAAGGACGGGCCGGCUGCUAAAAAAGUCACAUUCAUCGACCCGACAGCUGCAGACACACAGCAGGUCGACGAGUCGAGCUCAGCAAAGAAGAGACAAACGUCAUCACCUGUACAGCAUGUUUUAGCUCCAUCGCCUCAGAGAACCACAGAAGAAGAAGAGGAGGAUGAAGAGUCUCACUUCUCUGAAGGUCAGCUGAUGCCGGUCAGCUCUCAGUCUGACGACUCUGAAAUCUCUGAAAUCAUCGAAGACGUCGACGCCUCGGCAGCCAAAGACGAUUGCAGCGAAUCCACUCAGUCUGACAGUGAUGACUGCAUCGUUCAUGGACAGACGGCGGCCAGGAAGCCCUCGGACCGGGUCCGUGUGGAGAUCCAGUCUCUGAGCCUGAGGCCGGGUUCUCGUGUGGCCCGUGACAGCAGCGUGGUUCGUCUGUUUGUGGAGUACUCUCUGCUGGACUUGCCCACCGAGGAGACGCCACUGUCUCUGCCCAAACCGGGCCAGGGCCAGAACAUCAACUACAACUACAGCAAAGUCGUUCCUGUGGAUGCAGAGAAUAACGCAGCGAGGCGGCAGCUGCUGAGGAGAGUGCUGCAGGGACGAAACCCUCAAAUGGAAAGGAUCCGGUUCACUGUGGUCAGCGAGCCUCCGGAGGAAGAGGAGCAGGAGAAAGAGUGUGAGGACGUCGGGGUGGCCUUCAUGAGGAUCAACGAGAUCCUGGAGAGACGACGAGACCUGACCGAGACCAGUCUGGACGUCGUGGAUGUGGAGGACAGCAGUGAGGUGGUCGGCAGUCUGACUGUGUCUGUGGAGGGACUGGACGCUCUGCAGGCCAUCAUGGAGGACCAGGACCUGGACCAGGAGCAGACCCACGUCUCCUCUCUGCUUCCAUCAACAUGAGGCAACAAACUGUAGAACAUGUGAGGCAGAGUGCGUCGGGACUGAGUCCAGAUCUCAGAGUCAUAAAGACCUUCAGGAUCAACGCUGAAGUGGUCGGACUGGUCAGGAUGGUCUCUGAUGGACUCUGGUGGACUCUGAUGGACUCUGAUGGACUCUGGUGGACUCUGGUGGACUCUGAUGGACUCUGGUGGACUCAGGUGGACUCUGAUGGACUCUGGUGGAAGUGAAGUGACUUCUUGUCUCAGUCUGUAAACAAAAUAAAGGUUCAGAUAAUG